AUGACGCCCAAUUUGUAUCUGCUGGAAAAUGGGGGAGAUGUCCCAACGCAUAAUCCUUCCAAGAUUAAAGAUUUGCCAAGCACAAACAUCGUCGCCUUCACAAAGCGCAGCCACUCAGAGACAUCCGCUUCUGUUUGCGUUAAACAGUGCAUUAUUUCUCAUGGUACGGUGGCAACGUCGAGCGAGACGUCUGUGGGAACGCAACCCGGAGGAAGCGUGACCUCGAGGACGGCUUCGGAGACACCGCAGGUCCCAGGUCCAGGUCCUAGUCACCAUACCGGAGCCAAAUUCCGACACGGCCUUCUGCAGCUGAUGAUCCACACCAUCGAUCCCCUUCAUGAUGGUCAGUAUGAAGGUAAAGUGGACGAGAAGGCGACCCAGCUGCACGCAAUUGCAUCGCUGAAGGUGCUUCUGGAUGCGACAAAGCCGCAGAACGGGGCUGCCACGAGUUCUGCAGCGAACCACGUGAAUGCGGCCAAACAGGAGACGAUGCUCGCACCCUCCGCCAUUCCAGACAUGCCGAACGGCAUCGCCAACACCCUCAACGACGUCAACCUCGAAUCGCUAUCCCCUACAAGCCUAGCGAAGCGGCGCAUGUCGUCGGUGCGUGCACGUAAGUCUCUGACCUCUCAAGCAGUGGUGUGUCUGCAGGUUGGUGAAUCCGAAGAGAAUCCUCCGGAUCCGUUAGAUAUGAGCUGGCCGUCGGGCGCUCGAAAGAGGAUCACCUACAUACUUCUAGCGCCCAUCGUCUUUCCACUGUGGAUUACCUUGCCAGAUACUCGCACGGCCAGAGGUAAAAAAUUCUUUCCCGUCACGUUCAUAGGAAGUAUCCUAUGGAUAGCAGCAUACUCGUACCUGAUGGUUUGGUGGGCGAAUAUGGUUGGAGACACCAUAAGGAUUCCACCGGAAGUGAUGGGACUGACCUUCCUUGCGGCCGGCACGUCCAUCCCGGAUCUGAUUACCUCCGUCAUUGUUGCACGAAAGGGCUUCGGUGACAUGGCCGUCUCCUCUUCCGUCGGAAGUAACAUCUUUGAUGUUACCGUCGGUUUACCAGUGCCUUGGUUGAUAUACGGCAUCGUGUACAAUAAACCCGUGGAGGUGAACUCCGUGGGAAUGGUGUGCUCGAUAACGAUCCUGUUCAUGAUGCUGAUAUUCGUGAUCAUGUCUAUCGCCUGUUUCCGUUGGAAGAUGAACAAGAGCCUAGGCUUCACCAUGUUCAUACUCUACUUUGUCUUUGUGGCAGUCUCGCUGAUGUUCGAGUACGAAGUCAUAGUGUGCCCAUUCUAGGACCUUAAUUAUAUAUAUAUAUAUAUAUAAUAACAACAACAAAAAAUAAUAACAGCAAAAAGAAAUAACGA